GAGCGAGCAGCAGAACAGGGCUAACCGUCCAGUGGAGCGGCGCUCACUUCAGCUCCUAGCUUUGUGCUUUUGCGACUAACGCACUUUUAGCGCAUAAAACUAUUUCUUUCCGACUUCAGCUACAGUGAUAGCUAAGUUUGGAAGGGGGGAAAGGGGGAUAAACGCCGUGUCUUUUUUAGUUUCUUAACCGUUACCGACAGUAAGAUGCAGUGAUAGCCGGGGUCCGCCUCCUUCACAACAUCACAAAAGAGGAGACAGCGUCAAGCUAAAAAAAAAAAAAAAAAAUCAAUAUUCUCUUGGUUAUAUUUUUUGACAUUUGGACAGCUUUAAAAUGGAUAACCCUGGACCUAAAAGCUCAUGCUGUGAGUCUGUCCGAGACUUCUUCACUUCAGCUAAAUUCCUUAUUUACAUGGGACAUGCUCUGUCAACAUGGGGUGACCGAAUGUGGAAUUUCGCCGUGGCUGUUUUCCUAGUGGAGCUGUAUGGGAACAGCCUGCUGCUCACGGCCGUGUACGGGCUGGUGGUGGCCGGCUCCGUGCUGCUGCUGGGGGCCAUCAUUGGGGACUGGGUGGACAAAAAUCCAAGACUCAAAGUGGCCCAGACUUCGCUGCUCGUCCAGAACAGUUGCGUCAUCGUGUGUGGGAUCCUCCUGAUGGUUGUUUUCCAGUUCAAAGAACAGCUCGUGGAGCUUUACAAUGGAUGGAUUCUGACCACCUGCUACAUCCUGGUGAUCACCAUCGCCAACAUCGCCAACCUAGCCAGUACGGCUACAGCCAUCACCAUCCAGAGGGACUGGGUGGUGGUUGUGGCAGGUCAGGACAGCAGCAAGUUGGCAGACAUGAACGCCACAGUGCGGAUUAUCGACCAACUGAACAACAUCCUGGCUCCCAUGCUGGUGGGUCAGAUAAUGUCCUUUGGCUCCCAUUUCAUCGGCUGCGGCUUCAUCUCUGGCUGGAACCUGUGCUCCAUGUGUGUGGAGUACGCGCUGCUGUGGAAGGUCUACCAGAAAACGCCGGCGCUGGCCGUGAAAGGCGGUCAGAAGGAGCAGCAACAGGAGCUCAAACAGCUCAGCCCCACCAAAGACUUGGAGAUCGACCAGAGUCCGGAGGAGUCGUCUCAGCCGCUGAUGAACGAAACGUCAGCCGUGGCCACGCCCGACUCUCCCGAGCAGCGCGGCUGUUGCUCCCAGAUGAUGGAACCCCUGCGCACCCUGAAGGCCGGCUGGGUGGCCUACUACAACCAGAACAUUUUCUUAGCCGGGAUGUCCCUGGCAUUCCUCUACAUGACGGUGCUGGGCUUCGACUGCAUCACCACGGGCUACGCCUACAUGCAGGGCCUCAACGGCUCGGUGCUCAGCCUGCUGAUGGGCGCCUCGGCCGUGUCGGGCAUCUGCGGCACCGUCGCCUUCACUUGGGUCCGAAAGAAGUGCGGCCUGAUCCGCACGGGCUUCAUUUCAGGCACGGCCCAGCUGUGCUGCCUCAUGCUGUGCGUUGCCUCGGUCUUUGCCCCCGGGAGCCCCUUCGACCUCAGCGUCUCGCCCUUCAAGGACCUGUACACCCACCUGAUCGGAGAGAAGAUGCUGCCCGAGGCCGAACACAGCCUCACCAGCGCCCUCACCUUUGGGAACGCCACUACUGCCGCCCCCGCUGAAGAGGUGUUGCCCCUGCAGUCCUACAUGUCUGUCAGCCUGCUGUUUUCUGGCGUCAUUGCUGCUAGAGUUGGCCUGUGGUCCUUCGACCUGACGGUGACCCAGCUCAUCCAGGAGAAUGUGAUCGAGUCGGAGCGUGGGGUGAUCAACGGCGUCCAGAACUCCAUGAACUACCUCUUAGACCUGCUGCACUUCAUCAUGGUGAUUCUGGCCCCGAACCCGGAGGCCUUCGGCCUGCUGGUCCUCAUCUCCGUGUCCUUCGUAGCCAUCGGUCACGUCAUGUACUUUUGCUAUGCCUUCAAGAGCCUGGGCAGCCGCCUCUUCCUCUGCUGCUCGCCGGAGCACAAGGAGGAGACGGUGGACAGCCUGUCACUCCCUACCACCGUCUAAACCCCGUUAAAGAGACUCUGUCCUGGGUACAUAUCUCUCAAGCCUUACCCUACUCCUGCAUCUCUUAUCUAGCUAACUAAUGUCUUUGCUUGUAGCUGGCAGAAUGCUAACCUAAACCAGAGAAAGGUAACUUAACAUGCUAUGCAUACUGAAUACAGCAUUAAUCGUAGAAAGUGGUGAGUAGAACGCUUACGGUCAUAGAAAAACGAAUCCACAGUGAAACUUUUAGACGACGCUAACUUUUUCAGGGCCGGAUUCAGACGAGAGCCUCUGCCUCCCGCCUGUCCGUGCUCCGCGAUACAUACGUGCAGGAGGAUCCAUCACUUCCAGGCGUUUGAAGUAAGAAUUCAGGGGACACGGCACUGCACAAUAUUCGCCUUCUAGCCAACAGCCUGGAUCUAGCUGUAAAGAUUUUUAAAAGGUGCUACAGCUAACUAAAAGGCGACAUGAGAGCGAAAUCCUGCAGGGAAGCGGUCACUGAGGCUUGGAUUGUGAGGGACGACUGUCUCAGACCCCCCAAAAGAGAGCGCGCGUCCCCUAUUUGUGACGCUUGGCUCUCAGUGACUGCAUUGGUGCUGUAGCUGCGUCUCCUAGCUGUUCUCUGAUAGCCGGGGCUUUACACAUAUAUGUAUGAUAAGCAGGUUGGAGCUUUUUUAUUUAACCAAACACAAAACUGGGAUCUAGUCUCUUUAAUACGCAGGUAUGAGGGUUAAUUGUAUUUAUUCAGGAAAUGGCGGACGGUGGUUUUUAUAAUAAUCGUAUACUCAGUAUUGUGUAUCGCGCGGUUGUGCCCUAAGAAAGAAAUGAGAAACCCUAUGCACCCUUGUCUAUAGCUCUCUCAGUUACCAAAGUGAAAGUCCAUAUGUGGCAUAAAAGGAAGUGAGGGAAAGCAGAUAUCUGUUCGAAGCCUUCCAAAUGUAAUUAUUUACAUCAGGUGACAGUAGUUGUGUAGGUUCACUAAUGCAUUUAUACACCCUUGGUAUACCUGAAUAUGUCUAACCCACUCGGAGAUUGUACUUCAAUUUAGUUUUCGGUUUAGUUUCCAUUAACAGCUUCGUUUUGUCACCUUUUGAUUUUUUUAUGUUCUGAAUUAAUUUUUUUUUAAAUCAUGAUUGUUGUUACACAGGCACUUUAAGUGAUCGACGUCUGUCAUUUACACCUAACGCGUGAUCAGGCAUUUGAUCAAUAUUUUUGCACAAGGCUGAAGUCCCGUAAAACCCCUGCACAAUCUUACACACAAUCACUUUGAUUCUCUCGGUCAGUCUGGUCAGACGCUGUGGUUUAAAAAAAAGAAAUAAAAAGAAAUAAAGGCACAUAUUGGAACACUUAUGAGGAAAAACUGUACCAGCUCCUGUGAAAAAGUCUGGAAAGUUUACCUCAGAGACCCAUGUUUCCUCAAAAAGUCAGCCAGGAAGCUCAGUCAGCAAAACCUCCCGGAUCUCAGACUGCCAACAGAAUCUGGACCUGGACUCAGUUUGACUUCUAAUUGCUGUAAGCUUCAACAGAGGUGGACCCAUUUCACUCAAGUCAAAGUUCUUGCACUUAUAUUGACAUCUCUGUACAGUACUAGUCUAGAAAAUGUAUUUUCAUAGUAUCUCAUGAGCGUUUGUGGCUCUGUUUGCAUGCUACUUGUCCUGUGAAGUGAUUUUGUAAGUAAAAGAGUGUUUCCAAAAACAGCUAAACAUCACCGAUAUUUGGAAAGUAGCUUUGCUACAAAGUGAGCCUACUAUACAUAACUUUAUCUGAUACACGUUGAAAUUGCAGGAUAGUGAUGAAUGCUAAAACAUAGUGUAACAAAUAAGUCAUUAUCUAAAGUUUUCUAACAUCAGCCACCAUAAGCUAAGUAAAGCUGUAGCAGCAAAACCCCAGAGUUCAACUUUUGAUUUGUAAGAGGAAUAAUGGGUUAUUUCGUCUGAAUUUACAUGAUAUCACCCAAAUAUAGUUGCUAAUUUAGCAGUAACUAGGCCCUUCAACUUCUGACCUUCCAUGAUUUCCGUUGCCUUACUGUAAACUAGCCUUGACCGCUGUUAUGCGCACACAUGUGGCUACAUCAAGACGGUUACUAGCCGCACCCUACCCAUGAAAAAUCAAGCCAGUCUAGCCCAGAUUUUGGUAAGUGCGAAGGAGAAAUAUUUAGGUUGGAAACGGAGGUAGCCACACAAGAUGUAGGAGAACAGAAGGCCACUUUUUAGCUGCAUGUGCUGAGUCAGGAUUCAGUCUGCAGGUGUGCCAUUAAGGUGCUGACUCACUCAUGUUCCACUCGGGUUUAAUGUAACCUUAAACUCAGUCUGGGCAUGGAAACUAAACAGCUCUUACAACGCUUGAUCUGCUGAUUCAGGAAUAUCUCACAUAGCCAUAAAUCUAUAUUUUUUAUGUAAAUAACAUUAGCAGCCAGGCGAUACAAAAAUUUACUUUAGUAUACAAUAAAUAAAAAAGGAUAUUGUGUAUACUGUUGUCAUGCUGUUUUUACAUGUUUUUAUACACCUAGUGUUAGCAUUUUGUGUCAGAUGAGGUUUCUUAAAGAUUUUUGAAAAUUGUGUAUAAAGCAAUUACUAUCUUUUCUUUGAAUACAUUUGUAUCAUACUGCUUUAAUCUGACAAUAUACACACAUUUCUGUUUGUAUUUAUAUAUCAGUGUUUUAGAUCAAAAGCAUCAAAUUUUAAAGAAAUCAUUAUCAAAUAAUCACACUCCAUGGAAUAUAAGAAUGUUGGUAGGUACUGCUUGUCUAGCAUGAGGUCUCCUAAAUAAAGAAAAUCUUCACAAA